AAUUGGCAGCUGAUUGGAGAAAGUUGUCAUUGUAUUUAUAAUAUUAUCCUUAGUAAAUAAUCCGUAAAAAAGUAGUAAAAUACUGUAAAAAGUGGUGAAGUUAAUCGGUUCUGACCUUUAAUUUGUAAUUUGUGCUCAGGGAAAUCCAUGGAUGUUCUAAAAAACGCCCAGGACCUGCCCAAUAUCCACCAACAAUUUCUUGUUUGUUCAUCUUGCGUUUUGGGUUGAUGACAGUCCCCUCAAAUUUCUAAAAUUAAAUUUAUUUAAGUGCGAGACCGAUUCUGGAUAAAAUACCGAUUUUAGAAAAAUACGGGACUUCUGCUCCGUUACCAGGUGGAAGUUUUUAUGCACCCAGGAAUAAAAGCCACUAUUUUUUUUAUUUUGACAACCAUUACCUACAUUACCAACUGGCAUCAAGUUGUCAUCUCUUUUUGAAAGUGAUGUUAAUAUAAUUGGUAAAAUUUAAAGUAUGUGCAACAAGAGGACUUAUAGCAAAUCUAUAACCCGUACAGAAAUAUGUACGAAAUUGGUUAAUGACACAUAGGCUUACACAGUGAUAUAAUGUACCCCGUUAAUAAAAAUGAUGGGAGUCCAACAAAUUUUUGUAUGUAUGACACCCCAUGUGAUCCAAAAGAUACUGAUUAUGAAAAACAGUUCUGCCCCAACAAUGAGUUAUCAGAACCCACAAGGACUAGGUGUGAUAAAUUGAGAGUGGGAUCCUCUUGCCAGGCAUUAAAACAUGCUGUGUCAGCAUUACAUAGACUUGAUGAUUUCCAUAAGGAGAAAAUUGGGUCUGGGUUCUUUUCAGAAGUAUUUAAGGUGACCCAUAAAGUCACGGGUCAGGUGAUGGUUCUGAAGAUGAAUCAGCUUAGGUCCAAUCGUCGCAACAUGCUGAAAGAAGUCCAGCUAAUGAAUCGCCUAAGUCAUCCUAAUAUCUUAAGAUUAAUGGGGGUGUGCGUCCACGAAGGUCAGCUCCAUGCCCUUACCGAAUAUUGCAACGGAGGUUCUUUAGAUCAGCUCAUUCAAAACCGAACAAUUAACUUGCCUCAACAGUUACGACUCAGCUUUGCUAAAGAUAUGGCUUGCGGCAUGGAGUAUUUGCAUUCUGAAAGGAUAUUUCACAGGGACUUGACCAGUAAGAAUGUCCUCAUCAAAAAAUUAGAAUCUGGUCAUCGACAAGCUGUUAUUGGUGAUUUUGGACUUUCGACGUGGAUACCGGACCCGGCCAGCAAAACGAAACUUUGUACGGUCGGUUCUCCAUAUUGGAUAUCGCCUGAGUGCCUUAAGGGAUUGUACUAUGACGAGAGAAGUGACGUGUUUAGUUAUGGCAUCGUGCUAUGUGAAUUGAUCGCCAGGGUUGAGGCUGACCCUGACCAGUUACCCAGAACUGAUAACUUCGGCUUGGAUUAUUUAGCAUUCACGGAACUGUGCGGUCCCAAUGUAGUACCUGACUUUUUGAGACUCGCUUUUAGGUGUUGUACAAUAGAACCAAGAAGUCGACCGACCUUCACCGAAAUCAAAAACACUUUAACAGAAAUUAUGACCGAUAUGCAGAUCCAGGACACGUCGUCGCGGGAAUUGAGCAUUAGCAGUUGCGCGGCGAAAAGUGUAGAACAACUGAACGCCGCCAUCGUUCACAAAUCGUCCGCACCACAACACAGAAAGAUUGUACACAGACGGUCACUGUCCGAAGACAACUCGAUCUUAUGUCCUUCGCGGUAUAUCUCUCCGAGCGACAAGGCGCGUCACCACGCGUUCACCAUGUGCAAGCAGGAUCCUCAUUACACCCCACGAACCACAAAUCCUUUCGCGGCCCUCAUUCAAUUCCACGGCGUUAAAAAACUGUUGGGCAACUUCUCGUCGUGCUGCGAACUUCCCUCGCCGUUUGUCACCGCGUCCACUUCGGACGCACCCAAGUCUUUACCCGGCUCACCUACGGCCGCCAGAAAAACCGGUAAAAACAAGAGUAACUCUUUCGCACAUCCGCUUUAUAAAGGCGGAUCCGGAAGUAACUUGUCGGAGAUUUUUUGCCAAAACGAGACUCCAUCGGCGCAUUUAAGGCGAAGAGGAUCAUGCGAAUCCGGUUUUUAUUCGAGUAUCGGCGAGUGUCUUUCGCCGAGUAGCUUAUGGGACAGCGGCACUGCCGUUAGUUCCUUACGUUCUUUGGACGAAAUAGAACCGGCGGAACUUCAAGCGUUUUGCAAACGAGCUUCGUCAAUUUACACGGAUAGUAGCGAGGAUAUUUCCAGUUUGACCGGAUCGGAGGCGUUUGCUGAAUUAAAACCGAAUAUUUCAACCAUCGUGGAGUAUUUUGAGAAAAAGGGGGGGUCCUUAAGGCAUCCGCUGGCAAAAACUGGAUCGUUGCUUAGCUCCCGGAUUGCUACUCUGCGAAGGAAUUUGGAAAAACAAAAUUCAGUCGCCUCGGGAUCUGGGUUACACUUUGUGAAUCAGAGGUCCAAGUGUUCGCGUUUGGUGAUUUGCGACGGUGCUGUAAAGUCAAAGUUGCAACUGUUUGAUAAAAAGUGAAAAAUUAAUUGUUUUUUUUUUAAACUGUUUUUGGUUGUUGUAUCAUAUUAAUCUACUUUGAGAUUUGGUUCUUAUUAGGUUUUAAUUGAGAAUUUUUCUUAUUGAGUUAGAGGUACGGUUACGUUAAAGAAUCAUUUAGUCAAACGAAUACGCUUCUGCAUAUUUAUGAAUUAUUGAAACAUACAAUGGAUGGAUUUAUACAAAAGACGCUGUCUUCUAUCGGUCUCUAAAAUCACACUUAAUUUAAAGUAUCUUAUUUUAGACGCGAGUCGGUCCUGAAUUUAUUUAAUUUUUUUAAAGUGAACCUUCUCAAGUUUAUUUAACUUAAGGCGAGAAUUUUUUAUUUAGGUUAUGCCAGCCCAAACUAAGAAAGUUUCAUUUAAGAAAAAGAUUGCCUCAAAUCCGCAGUUUCACAUAAAUAUUUAUUUAAAAUUACAGUUGCAUGUUUCGCCCAGCCAUUGAAUUAUGAAAUCUAUAAAUAGCUCUUAUCAUAUCUUGGAAAAUAUAGGGGAAAAUCCCGUACCUUGA